UAACCUUCAAAUCAAAAUAUAAAUAAUUAUAUACAUUUAUUUUAAUUUUAUUUAUGUUUUUUUAUAUCAUUUGUAACAUUUUAUAGUACAAUUUAUUAUUAUAGUCAUAUUUUUGGAUUUUUGCUAUAUUCGUACCUUAACAACAAUCAGAUGUUAUAAAACUCUACAAUGUUAGUAAACCUUUUGGAAAACAAAUAUUGUGUUUUUGGCUUAACUGCUCUAGCUAUAAUACCAUGGAAAGUAUUUUACAGCAAAUAUAAAUAUUUUCAAAAAAAAUAUGAAGAACAGUUGCUAUUCCAAAAUAGGCAUAAUUGUGUUGUUAUGUAUACAGUUGCAAAGGGAAUGAGUGGGUGGCCCCCACAUAAAGAUAGAAUACUACCUGACAUUACAUCUAAAGACGGUCUAUAUCCUAUGUAUGAACCGUUAAUAUAUUUUAUUAAAACUGCAGAAAAGAGUAUAUAUGUAGCUUAUAUGUUCAUCGAGAUUCAAGAAAUAAUUGAUGCACUAGUAGAAGCCCAUGAACGUGGAGUAAAAGUUCGUAUAUUAUUAAAUUUUGAACAUAAUAAGUCUGAUGUUGGGUCUAUUCAGAAGUUGAUCAGUAAAGGAAUUAUGGUUCAGCUUUAUAUGUGCCCCAAACAAACUCUAGAGAGCAUUAUGCAUUAUAAAUAUAUGGUAAAGGACUACAACCAGGAAAAAGGAGGAUAUACAUUGAUAAGUUCAUUGAAUAUUAGUAUAUCUGCAUUCACGGAAAAUUAUGAAAACAUAGUUCUCAGUUCUGACUAUUACUUAGCUACAUCUAUACAUAAUAACUUUAAGACCUGUUGGAACUAUGUUGAGCUAGAGAAUCAGAGUCUUCUAAACAAAACUAUACUUUUAGACCUUAAUUUAAUAUAAUUGUUGGCCAUUUUUUUAUUAAUAUAUUACUGUUAA